CCCUACUUCCAUUUUGCAACCCUUCUUUCUUUCAUCUUCAGCGAUAUUCAUUUCCAUUGCAACUUGCAGAACGCAUAAACAGCGCGAGUGCCUCGGCGAAUUCAUCGGGCGGCACCGAAUGGGCGGAGGAGAACCACUGGUUAGCUCCAAGGCGGAGCUGAAACGCAAGCAAAAGCUCAAAAAGAAAGCGAAAUCGGGUGGCUUUGAGUCCCUAAACCUCAGCCCCAAUGUCUACCGAGGAAUCAAGAGGAAGGGUUACCGUGUCCCGACACCCAUUCAACGCAAGACUAUGCCUCUCAUCCUCGCUGGUUCCGACGUUGUCGCCAUGGCUCGCACUGGCUCUGGUAAAACCGCAGCGUUUUUGCUCCCUAUGCUUGAGAGGCUGAAGCAGCACCUGCCUCAGGGAGGUGUUAGGGCUCUCAUUUUGUCGCCUACAAGGGAUUUGGCUUUGCAGACCUUGAAGUUCACUAAAGAGCUUGGCAGGUUCACCGAUCUUCGUACUAGUUUAUUAGUCGGUGGUGACAGCAUGGAAAAUCAAUUCGAAGAAUUAGCACAGAAUCCAGAUAUUAUCAUUGCAACUCCUGGUAGGCUUAUGCACCAUUUGUCUGAGGUUGAGGACAUGUCUUUGCGGACAGUGGAAUAUGUGGUUUUUGAUGAAGCUGACAGUCUAUUUGGCAUGGGCUUUGCUGAGCAAUUGCACAAAAUCCUAACCCAGUUAAGUGAGAAUCGGCAGACCUUGCUGUUCAGUGCAACUUUGCCAAGUGCCCUUGCUGAGUUUGCUAAGGCUGGUCUACGAGAUCCUCAGCUUGUUCGACUUGAUCUGGAAACUAAAAUUAGCCCUGAUUUGAAGCUGAAGUUCUUCACCUUACGACAGGAGGAAAAACAUGCAGCAUUGCUAUAUUUGGUAAGGGAACAUAUUAGUUCUGAGCAGCAGACAUUGAUAUUUGUUUCAACGAAACAUCAUGUGGAGUUCCUUAAUAUUUUGUUUCGAGAAGAGGGCAUUGAGCCUUCUGUAUGCUAUGGUGAUAUGGAUCAAGAUGCUCGCAAGAUUCAUAUAUCAAGGUUUAGAGCGCGAAAAACUAUGCUGUUAAUUGUGACAGAUGUAGCUGCAAGGGGCAUUGACAUUCCAUUGCUUGAUAAUGUCAUCAAUUGGGACUUCCCCCCAAAACCAAAAAUUUUUGUCCAUCGAGUGGGGCGAGCUGCAAGGGCAGGUCGGACCGGUACAGCUUUUUCUUUUAUGACAACUGAAGAUAUGCCUUACCUUUUAGAUCUUCAUCUAUUUCUUUCAAAACCAAUCAGGGCUGCACCUUCUGAGGAAGAGGUUUUGCAGGACAUGGAUGGAGUAAUGAAGAAAAUCGAUCAAGCAAUUGCAAAUGGGGAAACUGUUUACGGACGUUUCCCUCAAACAGUUCUUGAUCUUGUUUCAGAUCGAGUUCAAGAAAUUAUUGAUUCAUCAGCAGAACUGACUUCUUUGCAGAAAACCUGCUUGAAUGCUUUUCGCUUGUAUACAAAGACAAAACCUUUACCAGCAAAGGAAUCCAUUAGAAGAGUGAAGGAUUUACCCCAUGAGGGUUUGCAUCCAGAUUUCAAAAAUGUUCUUGGAGGUGGUGAAUUAAUAGCAUUGGCAUUUUCUGAGCGCUUGAAAGCAUUCAGGCCCAAGCAGACUAUACUGGAAGCUGAAGGUGAAGCUGCCAAAUCAAAGAAUCUGCAGGGUCCUUCUAGUCAGUGGGUUGAUGUGAUGAAGAGAAAAAGAGCCAUUCAUGAGGAUAUCAUUAAUAUAGUGCAUCAACAACGCUCAAGCAAGCAGAUGGAAAGGGAAGCUCAAUCUGAAAUUACUUCUUCAAAUGGAAGGGGGAAAAAAGAAGCUCGAGGUUCUAAAAGAAAGGCAAGGAGCUUCAAAGAUGAAGAAUACUAUAUAAGUUCAGUACCCACGAAUCAUCAUACAGAGGUAGGCCUUUCAGUGAGAGCUAAUGAAGGCUUUGGAUCAAAUAGGCUGGACACUGCUGUCCUAGAUCUGGUAGCAGAUGAUAGCCAGGGCAUGCAGAAACAAAAAACUGUAUACCAUUGGGAUAAGAGGAGUAAGAAGUACAUCAAAUUGAACAACGGUGAACGUGUUACAGCUAGUGGAAAGAUUAAGACAGAAAGUGGUGCAAAAGUAAAAGCUAAGAGUACUGGGAUAUACAAGAAGUGGAAAGAACAGUCACACAAAAAAGUGUCUCUUAAAGGAACUAGCAACGAAGGGAAUGCUGAGCAAACCUCAAGUUUCUCAGGAAACCAUCAAUUACAAAGAAAUAAUAGGAAGUUUAAAUGGGGCAGGAAGAAUCGCUCAGUGCCUAAUGCUAACUUACGUUCAGAAAUUAAAGAUCUUGAUCAAGUUCGGAAAGAAAGGCAAAAGAAGGCCAACAAAAUCUCCCACAUGAAGAACAAAGCUGCCAUGGGUAAAAAAUUUGGUAAAAAUGGGAAAAAAGGCAAGGCAAGGAAGUAAGGUUGCUUUAUUUAGAUGAUGAGAAAACUUGUGAUGCAAAUAUAAGAGGAAGGCAAAGAAGCUUGCCAUAUUCAGUUGCUUUAUGAUCUGGCCAUGAGGAUCUGAGAAGAUUGAUAAAGUUUUGGCUUCUCCAAACAUUCUAUGAGAGCAUAAUUUUCAUGCAUUAUUUCUAAGUCUAACAAUGGACAUAUCUUUACUCAAGAGAGUUAGAUUGUCAUAGUUUUCUGCAUUUGGCAGUUUAUAAACGGCUGUGACAAGAGAAUAUAUUAAAAUUUAACUAACUUUAUUUUAAUAAUUAUUUAUAAAUAUAUCAAAUUAUUAAUUAUAAUAAUUCCUUAUUAUUAUUUUUUUAAA